CACGUCUCUCCUGGGGAGCAGCCGCCGCCGCCGCAGCUGAGGGGGGAAAGGGAGCGGGCAAGCGCGGGGAAAGGUGGCGAGAGGAGGAGUGUGGGGGGGCUGGGCUAAGUUCUCCCGCCCCCUCCCCAUUGCCCCCCGGGGAGCUGCUGACCCCCAAGCCCCUGCAGCUUGGCCCUGCUGGGCAGGUGGCUGCACCCGCCCGUUUGGCCCUGGUGGGUGGUGGCAGGGUGGGUAGGUGCUAGGCGAGUCUCCCCGCGGGGUGGGGAGCCGGAGCCAGGCUGCCCGCCCGUGCCACCUGGGUAACACGGUGCCUGCUGCUGCCAGGGCUGGGGAGGGACCCCGGGCUCUGCAGCGGCAGCAGCAGCUGCUGGUGUUGGGGGAGGGGGCUGGAGUGUGGCUCUUUGUUGCUGCUGUGUGAAGGGGACCCUCCUCCUGGCUGAUGUCUGAGCUGCACCACUACCUCCUCCAUCCGCACUUCGAUGUAGCUGGGAAGGCUUUGGGGUUGUUGUCUGGGUCUCAGGGCAGAGCCUGCUGGAGGCACUGGAAGUGGAUCGGUUCCUGGUCAUGCCCGGUGGAAGGAGGGGACCCAGUCGGCAGCAGCUAAGCCGUUCAGCUUUGCCUUCUCUCCAGACUUUGGUUGGCGGCAGCUGUGGCAACGGCACUGGUCUGAGAAACAGGAAUGGUAGUGCGAUCAGCCUCUCAGCUCCUCCCAUAACGGCCCUGAUCACCCCAGAGCCUGUGCGUCACUGCCGGAUCCCUGACCUGCCACUGGACGGGAGCCUUCUCUUUGAAUUCCUCUUCUUCAUCUACCUGCUAGUGGCUCUCUUUAUUCAGUACAUCAAUAUCUACAAGACUGUCUGGUGGUAUCCCUACAAUCACCCUGCCUCCUGCACCUCUCUGAAUUUUCACCUCAUUGAUUACCAUCUGGCGGCGUUCAUCACGGUGAUGCUGGCACGGAGGCUGGUGUGGGCCCUCAUCUCCGAGGCCUCUCAGGUGGGCGCAACGUCAGUGAUUCACUACCUGGCACUGAUUAUGGCGCGCCUGGUGCUGCUCACGCUGUGCGGUUGGGUGCUCUGCUGGACUCUGGUCAAUCUCUUCCGCAGCCAUUCUGUGCUCAACCUCCUCUUCUUGGGCUACCCGUUCGGUGUCUACGUUCCCCUGUGCUGCUUCCACCAAGACAGCAGAGCGCAGCCCCUCCCAACGGACUGCAGCUACCUGGUGCAGGAUCAGAUGGUGGAUGACGGGACCUCAGGCGUUGGCAGCCUGGUCAAACCCAAAGACUUCCUCUCACUCCUGCGGGAGUCCCUGAAAGAACAGUUCAAUAACCCUACGGCCAUCCCAACCCACAGUUGCCCCCUCUCCCCGGACCUCAUCCGCAAUGAGGUGGAGUGCCUGAAAGCGGAUUUCAACCGCAGGAUCAAGGAGGUUCUCUUCAACUCCCUCUUCAGUGCCUACUACGUGGCCUUCCUGCCGCUGUGCUUCGUGAAGAGCACCCAAUACUACGACAUGCGCUGGUCUUGCGAGCACCUCAUCAUGGUGUGGAUCAACGCCUUCGUUAUGCUCACCACGCAGUUGCUGCCCCCCAAGUAUUGCGACCUGCUGCACAGAUCGGCCGCCCACCUGGGCAAGUGGCAGAAGCUAGAACAUGGCUCAUACAGCAACGCCCCACAGCACAUCUGGUCAGAAAGUACGAUCUGGCCGCAGGGCGUGCUGGUGCGACACAGUCGAUGCCUGUACAAGGCAGUAGGGCCUUACAAUGUAGCAGUGCCUUCAGACGUCUCCCACGCCCGCUUUUAUUUCCUCUUUCACCGUCCAUUACGGCUGCUCAACCUGCUUAUCCUCAUCGAAGGCAGCGUCGUCUGCUACCAGCUGUACUCCCUGCUGCGCUCGGAGAAGUGGAACCACACCCUCUCCAUGGCCCUCAUCCUCUUCUGCAACUACUACGUCUUAUUUAAGCUCCUUCGGGACCGGAUAGUAUUGGGCAGGGCCUACUCUUACCCCCUCAACAGCUACGGACUCAAGGCACAUUAACCUGCCAAACGCACCAAGCCGGGAGGGUGGGGGGGAGGGAGGGAACCUC